AUGCGCAAAAUCUUCCAAACUUCCUUGCCUUCGAAUCGUUGACUACGCCUCUGGAUUGCUACAUCUCUAGUCCGCACAACCUUCAAACAACAACUCAAAUUUGACAGCAGUUCUAACCCCACUUUAUCAAUUAGGGCCCCAAAUCCUUAAUAAAGCCCUAACUAGUGUGAAAAUGACUUUAUACCACUUUGGAAAUUGUGUCGCGCUAGUAUAUGUUCCCUAUUACCUGGCCUACAAGCAAUCUGGCCUGUCAGAAUACGGGGCUUUUUGGAAAUGCGUUCAAGCAGGGAUGAUCUACAUGUUCACACAGUUGGCCAAAAUGAUGGUGCUGGCCACAUUUUUCCCGGAUAACGUUGAGGACCUUGGCAGCGACUUCAUUGGGGAGUUUUUGAAGUACACCGUGGACCUGGCCGAUUUAGUAGGCCUGUACUUUGUUCUCAGUGGAAUUCCCGGUAAGGGGCACAGCAAGGUGCUGACGGCAGGCAUUGGGUGGGCCACUGCAGAGGUGAUUCUAUCUAGAGCGCUGUUGCUCUGGGUGGGCGCACGAGGAGCGGAAUUCGACUGGAUUUACAUUCAAAAAUGCCUGGAAUCAAGUGUGCUUUUAGUCCAACACAUCGCCACAGCCACCUUAGUCUGGCUCUGGUCCAGACAUAAUCUGAACCAGAAUCUAAAGACUGUGGUCACCAUUCUUCUAGUCCUCAGCUGCUACAAGCCGUUAUUGAUUGAGUCCCUCCUUCAAAUCCUACGCUUCAGCCCCUGCCUGGGGCUGGUGGUUAAAGGGGCUUUUACCAUGCUCUAUGCUCUGUUCACUUUAACUAUUUACGCCGGGCUGGCUCAAGUGAUAGGGAUUUAUUAAUUAGGCCAUUGAGUUAGCCUAGCCUAGUAUAAAGUGUUUUUUGUA